AUGACCAUGAGAAUGAUUCAAGAGUUAUGGAAUGGGGGCCGAUACUGCGAGAUGUUCGCCAACAUGCUUCCUGAAUUCAGAGAGCGCUGGGGAUACAGCUCAUUCAGGAAACUGGUGCACAUCGGGCAGCGUUGGAAGCUAGAAGAUAGCGAACACGAGAACGGGUCUUCGUCAGGACCGAGCACGUAUGAUGGGAGCGACGAGGAGGACGAGGAGGACGACAACGAUAUUGAAGAAGAUGAGGACGAUGAAGGCGAUGACGACGAUGAGAACGAUGAGAACGAUGAGGAUGACGAGGAUGAUAAUGGACAGGCAUACUACCACAGCGAUGGCGAUAGUAAUCAAGGAGACUAUGAAGCUACCUAUGACGACAUGGAGCAAUGGGGGUAUUAG